GUGAAGAGAAUGGGGGUUGCCUCUGUCCGUGUGGAUUCGCGGCCUUCCUGAAGUAAACGUGGGAAGCAGGAAAGGAGCAUUCACGCACAUCUAGCCAUCACCCUCACAGGAUGGCAGCCAUUGAUUUGUCCCUUGGCCUUUAUAGGGACCCAGUCUGCCUUCCUGAAGGAACGACAGAGGCGGAAAGAGAGGGGGCUGACUGUCUGACAGAUGGUUCCCAGGACUCAGUAACCUUCGAUGAUCUGGCUGUGGACUUCACCCCAGAGGAGUGGACUUUAUUGGACCCGGUUCAGAGAAAGCUCUACAGAGAUGUGAUGCUGGAGAACUACAAGAAUUUGGCCACAGUAGGAUGUCAGCUCUUCAAACCCAGUCUGAUCUCUUGGUUGGAACAAGCAGAGUCGAGGACAGGGCAGAGAGGAGUUCUUCAUGAAUGGAAAGUGCAACUUAAAACCAAAGAGUCAGCACUUCAGCAGGAUUUUUUAUGGGAACCGACCUCCAGUGGGAUACACAUGACAGGAAGCCACAAUGGAGCAGAGCUCAAUGAGUCCAAGCAGUGUGGAGACGUCUUCAGUGAACACUCAUGCCUUAAGACACACGAGAGAACUCAAAACAGUGAGAACACGUCUGAAUAUAAUCAGUGUGGCAUGGACUUCCUUACUCUGCAUAAGAAAACCUCUACUGGAGAAAAACUUUCUGUGUUGAAUCAGAGUGGAAAAGCCUUCAGCCUUACUCCAAAUGUUUACCAGAGAAUGUGCACACAAGACAAAUCCUUUGAAUGCAGUGACUAUGGGAAAUCCUUUAUUAAUCAGUCACCCCUUCACGCACAUAAGAGAACUAACAACGGAGAAAAACUUCAUGAAUGGAAGGAAUGCGGAAGAGGUUUUAUUCAGUCCACAAACUUUGCUGUGCAUAUGCAAAGUCACAGUUCAGAAAAACCCUACAAAUGUAAGGAAUGUGGAAAAGGCUUUAGAUAUUCUGCAUACCUUAAUAUUCACAUGGGAGCUCACACUGGAGACAGCCCCUAUGAAUGUAAGGAAUGUGGGAAAGCCUUCACGAGGUCUUGUCAACUUACUCAGCAUAGAAAAACUCACACUGGAGAGAAGCCUUACAAAUGUAAGGAAUGUGGGAAGGCCUUCACUGUUUCCUCUUGGUUAAGUCAACAUAUGAAAGUUCACACCGGGGAGAAUCCCCAUGAAUGUAAGGAAUGUGGGACAGUCUUCACUAGGUCUUCUCAGCUUACAGAACAUAUAAAAACUCAUGCUGCAGAGAAUCCCUUUGAAUGUAAAGUAUGUGGAAAAUCCUUCAGAAACUCCUCAUGCCUUAAUGAUCACUAUCGAAUUCACACUGGAAUCAAACCCUACAAGUGUAAGGACUGUGGGAAAGCCUUUGCUCAGAACUCAGACCUUACUAAGCACGUACGAACUCACAGUGGAGAGAAGCCCUAUGAAUGUAAGCAAUGUGGGAAAGCCUUUGCUAGAUCCUCUCGCCUUAGCGAACAUAUAAGAACUCACACUGGAGAGAAGCCUUUUGAAUGUGUCAAAUGUGGGAAAGCCUUUGCUAUCUCCUCGAAUCUUAGUGGACACUUGAGAAUUCACACUGGGGAGAAGCCCUUUGAGUGCCCGGAAUGUGGGAAAGCGUUUACACAUUCCUCCAGUCUUAACAAUCACAUGCGGACUCACAGUGCCAAAAAACCAUACACGUGUAUGGAAUGUGGCAAAGCCUUUAAGUUCCCCACGUGUGUUAACCUUCACAUGCGAAUCCACACUGGAGAAAAACCCUACGAAUGUAAGCGGUGUGGGAAAUCCUUCAGUUAUUCCAAUUCAUUUCAGUUGCAUGAAAGGACUCACACUGGGGAGAAACCUUACGAAUGUAAGGAGUGUGGUAAAGCCUUCAGUUCUUCCAGUUCCUUUCGAAAUCACAGAAGAAGGCACGCAGAUGGGAAACUGUCAGUGUAAGGAAUGUGGGAAGGCCUAAAGUUGUCCCCGUUCUCUUCAAAGACAAACUUAACUCACAGAGGAGAAAACAUACGAAUGUAAGGAAUGUGGAAAGAUCUUUACUUAUAUCUCAGGGCUUCAUGAACAUGUAUGAAUUCACAGCAGAAAAGACUCUAUGUCAGGGAAUGUGGAAGAGACUUCAUUAAAUCCUCAAGCCUUACCUUACACAUCAGAAAUCUCACCGAAGAGAAACCCUAUGAAUGUAGAGAAUCCGAGAAAACUUUUCCUAAUUCCACAAAUCUUAAUAUGCAUAUGUGAACUCACACUGGAGAGAAACCCUAUGAUUUUAAUGGUAUGGCCUGGAUGAUCCUCUCCCCCACCCAAAUUCACAUUCUGAAACUGACCCCCGUUUCCUUCAGUGUCACUCUAUUUGGACAUAAGAUUUUAAAGCAGGUGAGUAACUUCAGAUGAGGCUGUUAGGGUUGGUCCCUGAUUCAGCAUCGCUGGUGUCCCUUAAGAAGAGAACAUGAAGGAAGGACGCACACACACAGAAGCCCUUGUGACCCCACCAGAAGAUGGCCCUUUGCAAGCCAGGAACAGAGGCCUGGAACAGAUCUUUCUCUUCUGGCUUCCAGAGGAAAUCAACCCUGUCCUCACCUUGAUAUUGGACUUCCAGUCUCCAGAAUUUAAGCCAAUAAAUUUUUCUUGGUUA